CUUGCUCUGUCCCUCAACGGAAGAUAUCCGAGCGAACACUGCAAGACCACGCGUGGAGUACACUGCUGUAUUGUAGUACGGUCUGCACGGGUCCAUGGCGAGUAUCUUCAUUUCGUGCGUGGUAUUGGCCACUGCGGUGUUUUGCGGACGCUCGGCAGCGGAGGAGGUGGCCCCUGGACCUGCGGUGUCCAGACGGCUUCCGGCGAUUACACCCAAGGCAACAUGUGCCGACUGGAUGAAGUGGAUACCUCCUCGCUCGGAUCCCGCUAUCGUGAUGCAAGUUGUGAGCAGGCACUACUUGGAAUUGGAGCGAAAUUUUAUUCGGCUGAUGGAGCUCAACUCGGCCUUGACCCGCGACCACCUAUACCUCAUGUGCAUGGACAACGUGUCGGUGCACUUCUUCGAAUCUUCCAUGAACAUCCGCUGCAUCCCUCUUACCGCGUUCGACUUCCCGUCCCAUGCGGAGAUCUGGGUUUUGAGGGCCCGUGUGGUGUCUUGCCUGGUGGAAGCGGGCCAAGAUGUGAUAAUGUCCGAUGCAGAUGCUCUGUGGCUGGACGACCCGUUCAAGGAUUUCAACCUUCCUCGCGUAAUCGACAGCAGCGUCGUCGCGUCUAGGGGGAAAUUCCCCAAGCCGCUUGGUCUAGAAUGGGGGGCGACGAUGUGCAUGGGUUUUGUUCUUUUUCGAGCGACCGGGAGAGGGGUUGUGGGAGAGUUCCUCGAAGUCAUGGAUGCCCUGGUUCACAAGAACAAGGACGACCAGGUCUCGGUUAAUCUGGCGGCCGAGACCCUGGGGAUAGUGUGGGAUCAGGAGAGCGACAUGCGCUACGUAGAGAGUGACUCUUUCGGCUUCGGGACCAUUGACACUCUUGUCGACGAAAACAAUCAGCCAUUCUCGGUGACGUUACUGCCUCACAACGCGUACACCCGCGUCUGCGACGAGACACCAAUUUCCAACAAAACUGUCGUGGCGCAUUGUUGGGCACCCAAGACAGCCGACAGCAAGACUGGUUGGAUGGUGCAAUCUAAGCUCUGGUUCAGUGACAAUGAAACACGCUGA